AUUUUUUUUUCUUACAUCCCAAUGGUUGAGCUUUUCUUUAGUUAACGUCACUGUACACUUAUCAAGGAUAGGAAGCUGAAGGGGAAACCUGAAAUACACAACAACAGGAGAAGGUAAGAGCUAAAUCUACAUACCUCAUAUGGAUGCCCAAGAAGACCAAGCUUCUACUCCUUCUCCUCCUUCUCAGUCUAAGCAAAUCACCAUUUAUUCUUAUCCAAAGACGAGGAAAAGGAAAUCACAAGGGAGUAAGACAAAGCUGACCCAGAUCCAUGACGACUCUCCACAACCUAAGUCCGGCACUGAACUUGUCUUAUAUGAUAAAUCAGGCAAGUCUACAAGCUAUAAACCAAAGAGAGCUGUUGUCAAUGACUUCUACGAUAACUCGGAAUCCAAGUCUUCUGCUAUGGAGCGGGCAGAAGAGAUUCAGGCAAGUCUAGAAGCUUCAUUCCCUAGCUUCGCAAAAGCUUUGGUUAGGUCAAACGUAACUGUGGGAUUUUGGAUGCAUCUUCCCAUGCGAUUCUGCAAAUUGCAUUUGCCAAAGAAUGAUACAACCGUGUUCUUGGAAACUGAAGAUGGAGAAGAACACAUUGUAAAUUAUAUUGCAGAAAGGACAGCAUUGAGUGGUGGAUGGAAAGCAUUCUGCUCCACAAACAUGUUGCAUGAGGGUGAUGUUCUCAUUUUCCAUUUACUCAAACCUUUAAGAUUUAAGGUGUACAUAGUGAGAGGAACUGGUACAGCCAAAGCAAAUGGGGAGUUAGACAGUUUAAAAGUGGAUGCUCCUGAAGAACAAAUCAAGUUUGUGGAUAAAGACAUAGAAAGCAAUAAAAGGACAAAAAAUUUGGACGUUAGUCCAGUAGGCCUUAUGCAGGAGCAAAACGAGGAGAAAAGCCUUAUGAUUUUGAAAGAAGGGCAUGGAGCAAAUCAAUCUGAUAAUGAAAAUGAGGAUCAGGAAUCUAAACUUUUGGAAGUUACCACGUCUUCAGGAUCUGUAAUAAAUUUUAAAGAUAUAGACAGCAUUGAGAGUUUCAGCGUUCUUGUCAAUGAUUUAGCAGUAGACUCAGAGCUCUCCGAUCACCAUAGGACUAAAUACUAUGAGCUAUGUUGCUCACAAAGCUCAUUUCUGCAUGACAAUCUUCUCAAGAGUAUUAAUUAUAAAUUGGCAGCUGAAAUAAUAAUCGGAACUGUUAACAUUUCCGAGGCCAUUAGAGCAUCCACACUUUCCAACUCACAUGCAGAUUUUGCAGUAUGGGACAAGACUUUGAAAGGUUUUGAGCUGUUGGGCAUGAACGUUGGCUUCUUACGUUCUCGGUUGAACCGGUUAAUGAGCCUUGCCACAGAAUCAGAAGAGGCAGUGGAGUCAGAGUGUAGAGAAGUUAGACUAGAACAAGCUCGUAUAGAUGAGGAAAUGAAAAGUCUUGAAUUGAAGCUUACUGAACUGAAAGAAGAAAGGGAGAGGCUUGAUGCUGAGAUAGAGGCUUUGAAAGUGAAUGCUGAAAAGCAUGAGCUUAUGUUUCAGGAAGCAGUCAACGCCCCGUGGUAGGAAAAUGAUUUUCCAAGCAAAUUAAUCUUGUGUUCUAAGAAUAACUGACAAUGAUGGUAAACGUUUCUCAUGCUAACAGGAUGUUUUAACAGAAAUUUCACUAAUAAGUAGUGAAAUAGUGUAUGAUUGCUGUAAUUCAAUGUUUUAAAUUAGCAGUCAUGUAUAUUAAACUUGCAGAAGAUGUAUUUUAGGCUAUUUUUCUUUUUUUUGUCCCCCUUUGAGCUUUGACCAUUUAACUCAUACUCUCUCACUCGUUUUCCUCUCUUCUAAUGUUUUUUGGGGUAAUGGAUAUUUUGUUCAAUGUUUGCUUGGGUGAA